AUGCAUGAUUUGCCUUUCCAAUUUGUUGAGUACAAAGGAUUAAGGGCUAUGCUUCAAUAUCUAUAUCCUGAUGUGGAAUUAGUGUCUAGGAACACUGCUAAGGCUGACUCUCUUAAGUUGUAUGCAAGGGAGAAAAUGAAAAUAAAGAAUAUGUUAGAUGCAUGUCCUGGUAGAAUAAGUUUGACAUCUGAUCUGUGGACUUCAUUGACUACGUAUGGGUAUUUGUGCCUGACUGCUCAUUUUCUUGAUAAGAAUUGGAAGUUACAUAAAAGAAUUAUAAGUUUUUGUCUUAUGCCACCUCCACACACUGGGAUAGCACUAUCUGAGAAAAUCUUUUCCUUAUUAAGUGAUUGGGGAAUUGAGGAAAAGAUUUUCAGUAUAACUUUAGAUAAUGCUGCUUCAAAUGAUGUCUCCGUGGAUGCAUUGCAAAAGCAAUUGAACUUGCGUGGUUUGUUGCCUUUUCAUGGUGAAUUUUUUCAUUUGAGAUGUUGUGCCCAUAUACUUAACCUUGUUGUGCAAGAUGGUUUGAAAAGUAUUGAUAAGUCAGUUGAGAAGAUUCGAGAUAGUGUUAAAUAUGUUAAAGGAUCACAACAAAGGAAGCAAAAGUUUUUAGAAUGUGUUAAGUUAGUGUCGAUGGGAAACAACAAAGGAUUGUCUCAAGAUGUGGUUACUAGAUGGAAUUCAACUUAUCUUAUGCUUGAAAGUGCUCUCUUUUAUAGACACGCUUUUCAAAAUUUAGAAUUGAGUGAUUCUAACUAUAAGAAUUGUCCUAACUCCGAUGAGUGGGAAAGAGUAAGAAGAUAUCCAAGUUCUUGA